AUGGAUCUCAAAAAACGCCCCUCGUCCAUUAAGUCGGAGGGUAAUAUCUCCUCUGCAGAAGGACAGGUCAAUGAUGUCGUUGGUGAUGCGUAUGAGCGGAUGCCAGAGUCGCUACGCAGUCUCAGCGAAGAUGAGCGCCAACGCCUCAAUCGGAGAAUCGUCCGCAAGGUAGACCUCAUGGUUCUGCCUACCAUUGGCAUCUUAUACAUUCUGAACUACAUCGAUCGUCAAAACCUUGCUUCGGCCAAGCUGCAGGGCAUCAUGGAAGAUCUCCAAAUGUCAACCGAGCAAUUCGCCACAGCCGUCUCAAUUCUCUUCGUCGGCUAUCUGCCCUUCCAGAUUCCCAGCAACCUCCUCAUUACCAAGAUUUCCCGGCCAGGUAUGUACAUCUGUCUUGCUGUCUCCAUCUGGGGCUGCAUUUCAGCUGCAACCGCGGCUGUUCAUAACUACGGCCAAUUGCUCGCCGUGCGUGCAGUUCUUGGUAUCGCCGAAGCCGUCUUCUUCCCGGGUGCAAUCUAUUACCUCUCAGCCUGGUACACCAAAGCCGAGCUGGGCAAGCGGAUAGCCGGUCUCUACAUUGCCCAACAAGUCGGCAACGCCUUUGGUGGACUCUUCGCCGCUGCCAUUCUUCAAUUGGACGGUGUCCAUAACAUCGCUGGUUGGCAAUGGCUCUUCAUCAUCGAAGGAAGCGCCACAGUCGGCAUCGGCAUAAUCUGCGCUUUAAUAAUGCCUGAAUUUCCCCACAAUAGUCGCAUCCUCUCCCCGAUUGAGCGGGACUUCGCUGUCUGGCGCAUCGAAUCCGAAGCCGGAGCCGCCGAGGGCACAGAGAACGAACCUAUCCUUCGCGGAUUCAUCAAAGCCCUCUCCGACCCUAAACUCCUUCUUUUGAUCUUCUCGAACAUGCUCUCUCAGACCCAAGGUUCCAUCGCCAAUUAUUUCCCCACCUUGAUCGGCUCCCUCGGCUUCUCUUCCAACACCAUCAGCCUCCUCCUCACCGCACCGCCCUACAUCCUCGCAGGCAUAAUCUACUAUUUCAUCAUGUUCUACUCGGAUCGCUACAACACCAUCUAUCCUCUCAUUCUGGGCUGCGUCUCCAUCUCCAUCGUGAUGUACAUCAUUCUCAUGUCGACUUUGAACAUUGGCGCACGAUACUUUGCCAUGAUGAUCCUCCCGUUCGCCUCGGUUGGUCCACAGCUUCUCCUCUACAAAACUAUCAACUUGCAUCUGGCCCGUCCAGUGUCUAAGCGCGCUGCUGCUUCGGCUCUGGUGAAUGCCAUUGGCGGUACGUCGAACAUCUGGGCGUCGUAUUUAUACUACGAUGGUCCGCACUUCUAUGCGGCUUUUGGAACACUCAUGGGCGCGGCAUUCCUCUUGGCUGCUACGGUGACGGUGUAUCGUUGGUGCGUACGCCGCGAGAAUAAGUAUCUCGACUCUGGUGAUCCAGACUUGAUCGGCAAGGUAGUCAAGAGAGGUGUUACAGAAGAGAUGGUGCAGCUCCGGUGGCGAUACGAGAUGUACUGA